AUGUAUCCGUAUUCCCGUCAGCUCAGCGUCGACACAAACACGGUCAACAAACACAUCCGUCUGUCCGACGGAGACAGGACGAUGACGUUCGUGGAGGAGGAGCAGCCGCUCCCGGAUCACCCCGACCACCCGGACCGCUUCGACCACUGGAACCAGCUGCUGGCGGCCGGCAGCGUGGCGGGCCGCUGCUACUGGGAGGUGUCGUGGACGGGGAAGGUGGACGUGGCGGUGAGUUACGCCGGGAUCCGGCGGAAAGGGGAAGCAGCGGAGUGCGUGUUCGGCAGGAACGACCACUCGUGGUGCCUGAACGUCUCCUCCGUCCACGGCUGCUCCGUCCGGUUCAACAACAGAGGGAUCUCCAUCCCCGCCUUCUCCUCGUCCCCCGUCUCCCACCGCGUAGCCGUGUACGUGGACGUCCCCGCCGGGACUCUGUCCUUCUACAAGGUGGUGUCCGACGGCCUGGUCCACCUCCACACCUUCAGCACCGCCUUCACCCAACCGCUGUACCCGGGGUUCGGGUUCUGGCCCGGCUCCUCCGUGUCUCUGUAGACGCAGGACGGAUCCGGGACACGUCCACGCACAAGCAGAACGUACACUCAACUCAACUUUAUUUAUAAAGAGCUUUGAGACAACCACAGCCGAAACAUACGAUGGAGUGUUAGGGCCAAACUAAGACAAAAAAAUAGGAAAUU